AGGAAGCAGAGCAGAGAGGCUGAGCCAUGGCCAGAACCAAGCAGACCGCCCGCAAGUCCACCGGAGGCAAAGCCCCCAGGAAGCAGCUGGCCACCAAGGCGGCCAGGAAGAGCGCCCCGGCCACCGGCGGCGUCAAGAAGCCUCACCGCUACCGGCCCGGCACCGUGGCUCUGCGGGAGAUCCGCCGCUACCAGAAAUCCACCGAGCUGCUCAUCCGCAAGCUGCCCUUCCAGCGCCUCGUCCGAGAGAUCGCCCAGGACUUCAAGACCGACCUGCGCUUCCAGAGCUCGGCCGUCAUGGCUCUGCAGGAGGCCAGCGAGGCUUACCUGGUCGGCCUGUUCGAGGACACCAACCUGUGCGCCAUCCACGCCAAGAGGGUCACCAUCAUGCCCAAAGACAUCCAGCUGGCCCGCCGCAUCCGCGGAGAGAGGGCUUAGACCACACACACACACACACACACACACACACACACACACACACACACACACACACACACACACACGUAUGUGUUUCAAACAAAGGCUCUUUUAAGAGCCACACAUCUUUAAUCAAGAGACACCAGCCUCCCAGUUAUUACACACAUUCAUUCAUGCUUCAUUCAACAGAGUAGUUAUGUUUUGCGAAGAUGUAUAUUUAAAAAAAAAAAAAGGCUGCUGUAUUUUCACCUGCUGAUGCUUCUUCCAUCACA